AUGCCGCCAUCCACAACCUCCUCCCGAGACACGGUCCUCUCCCGCCGAAAGAUUGAAUCUCUCAUCGCCCAGGGCCGGAAAAUCGUCAUCAUCGAAGAUGCAGUCCUGAAAGUGGAUGCAUGGCUGCCCUACCACCCUGGCGGUGACAAGGCCAUUCUACACAUGGUUGGAAGAGAUGCCACCAAUGAAGUCAAAGCUUUUCACUCGUUGGAGACACAGCAAUUGAUGCAGAGAUAUCGCAUCGGGAAGAUUGAGCCUGGUCCAUGGGUUGAUUUUGUGCCUCCUAUCCAAGGUGGAGCCUUCAGGGAUGAGGAAGUUGGCGAGGAAGCAGUGCAAGACGAAGAUGCGUCUUCGGGCACGUCCAGCUCAGAGGCCUCCCCAGUUUUUGAACCUUCAAUGAGGAGGAGAAGGAGAGUCAGUGACGAUGCUGCCAGCGAGUCCUCGGCUACAUCCAUUGAGACCCUGGCUAUUGGAGAGCCUUCAAAAUCCACCAUAAAGACAUUGGACGACCGUACACAGCAGGAAAUCGACCGCGAUCUGGAGAUAUUCCCCUCUCUCGAUCCACAAACUCAACAUACCAUCAUCGAGAAGUACAAACUCCUCGAUCAACGCCUCAAGGAUGAAGGCCUCUACAACUGCAACUAUACUGCCUACGCGUGGGAAAUUCUUCGCUACACCCUCCUCGCCAGCACAUCCUUCUACCUCCUCCGAACGGKCUGGUAUAUUCCCUCCGCCAUGUUCCUAGGUCUCCUCUGGCAUCAAUUGGUAUUCACGGUCCACGACGCCGGACACAUGGGUAUCACCCACAACUUCCACGCCGACUCUGUCAUCGGCAUCUUCAUCUCCAACUUCCUCGGCGGCCUCUCCUGCUGCUGGUGGAAACGCAACCACAAUGUCCACCACAUCGUCACAAACUCCGCAGAGCACGAUCCCGACAUACAACACAUGCCUUUCUUCGCCAUCUCCCACCGUUUCUUCAACAAUCUAACCUCGACAUACUAUGACCGAGAAAUGACUCUGGAUGCGUUCGCGAAGAAAGCUUUGCAGUACCAACAUUACCUCUACUACCCCAUCCUGGCCUUUGGUCGCUUCAAUCUCUAUGUCCUAUCCUGGCAGUACAUCUUCUUAGGCCAAGGACCUCGAAAGGGACCAGCAUGGUGGCAUCGCUAUCUCGAAAUGGCCGGACAGGUCUUCUUCUGGACAUGGUUCGGGUAUGGAGUCUUGUACCGCUCUCUCCCCAACGCAGGCACGAGGAUCGCGUACUUGAUGAUCUCACACGCCAUAACCAUGCCUGUUCAUGUACAAAUCACAUUGAGCCAUUUCGCCAUGUCGACCGCCGAUCUUGGUGUGAAGGAAUCAUUCCCUCAACGAAUGCUUCGAACUACGAUGGACGUCGACUGUCCGCCUUGGCUAGACUUCAUCCACGGCGGACUUCAAUUCCAAGCUGUACAUCAUCUAUUCCCAAGGAUGCCAAGACACAAUCUUCGUGCCGCACAGAAACAUGUCAGGGAUUUCUGUGAGGAUGUCGGGAUUCCAUAUGCUAUCUAUGGAUUUGGAGAAGGGAAUGGAAAAGUUAUUGGAAGACUUGGAGAAGUUGCGCAACAGGCGAGGAUGUUGGCCGAGUGUCAGAAAGCUGCUGCGAAGGAUCUGAUUGAGGGGCAUUAG